AUGAAGAAGGAGAAGCACGGAGACCACGGACUGCAGCGGCAGCUGUCGGCCGCGCCCCCGCGCCGCCGCGCGGCCUCCAACUACCAGACGGUGGAGGACGUGGCGGCCGAGCGCGGCGUGAGCAUCAGCCGCCCGCCGCUGCAGCAGGGCCAAGCGCCCAUCGCGGCGCUCACGGCGUCGGGGCCCGCGCGGCCGCCGCGCCCGGGCGCCGGCUCGUUCGAGCUACUGCAGGCUAAGUUCGGCUUCCAGGAGGGCAACGUGCUGAACCAGAAGGAGCACUUCGAGUGCUGGGUGCUCAACUACGAGUCGCGCAUCCUCGAGGCCGCCGUGACACCCGUGGACACGGAGAACGCCAUCCAGACCAUCCACGCCAAGUUCUUCCGCAACUACGUCAAGUGGUGCCAGUUCCUGCGCACGCAGCCCUAUCUGCUGGACACGGCGCCGUACGCGGGCGCCGCGGAGCGCCAGGUGGCGCUCUUCCUGCUCAUCUGGGGCGAGAGCGCCAACCUGCGCUUCAUGCCCGAGUGCCUGUGCUUCCUGUACCACAAGAUGGCGGCCAAGCUCGACGGCCUCGAGAACAUGCCCAACGCGCCCGAGGGCGCGUUCCUGCGCCGCGUCGUGCGGCCGCUGUACUCGGUCGUGGCCAAGAUGCGCGACGUCACGCCGCAGAAGAACGGCGCGGGCGUGGACCACAAGAACGUGACCAACUACGACGACGUGAACGAGUUCUUCUGGCGCGACGUCUGCCUCAACUUCGACGAGUUCAACGUCGCGGAGGCCGUCAACGUGCGCGAGUACAAGACGUUCAAGGAGCGCCGCAGCUUCUGCAACCCGUUCCUGGCCUUCUUCCGCAUCUACUUUUUCCUCUUCGUCAUGCUGCACGUGCUGGUCGUGAUCGGCUACGUGGCGUACCGCUCGGAUCCCGACAACACGGACGGGUUCAACUUCUACAGCAACUUCUUCACGUCCGACAUCUCGGACAUCCGCAACCACGCAUUCUACUCCAUCUUCAUGUCGAUCAGCGGCUUGCUGGCGCUCAAGGUGGUGCUGGACAUCUGGCUCGACGGUACGCGCGUCUUCGGCCGCAUGAUGUACGCCUUGUCGGUGUUUUGCCGGCUCGUGUGGCACACCGUGUUCUUCGGCCUCUUCACGGCCGUGAACGCGGCGCCGUACGAGAAGCUCGUGGGCUCGAGCGACUUGCUCACGAUGGCUCCAGUGUUCAUCGGCAUCUACAUGGUGCCCAUCGUGCUCUCGUCCAUCAUGCAGAUGCUCUUCCGUGGAGUUAUCUGGCGCUCGGCCUUCCUGAGCUCGCUCGACGGAACGCGUGAGCAGUACAUUGGUCGCACGAUGGGUCAGAGCUGGGGGGAUUUCUUCGGCUACGGCUUGUUCUGGACGGUCAUCUUCGUGUGCAAGUUCAUGUUCAAUCUGCAGCUCAUGGUGAAGCCUCUGAUUGGGCCUAGCGUCGAAAUCUACAGCGUGGAUGUGUCUACCGCCCAGCUCGAGAACGGGAUCAUCGAGUCGAACCACAACAUCGCAUUCUUGGCUUCGAUGUGGGCCCCGGUGGUGCUCGUGUACAUUUACGACUCCCAGAUCUGGCUCGCCAUCGCGCAGGCCAUUGUGGGUGCCUGGAUUGGAUUCCGUCUCAAGAUCGGACACUCGGCACGCAUCAAGGAGUUCGUGACGCGUCUGCAGCAGGCGCCUAACCUGUUCGACGAAAAGGUGGUAUCUGCUGCCGCCCGUGGCCAACUCGCCAUCAACAAUAACCCCCUGUCGUCAAGCUCUGUUGCCCCCGAUGCCAACAGCCGUCUGCGCUUCGCAGUCGUGUGGAACGAAAUCGUGAGCAGCUUCCGCUUGUCCGAUUUGCUGGAUGACCGCGAGACUGCCAUUCUUCAGUACCAGAUUUCAGACACGGGAGCUGUCGAGGAGCCUGUGUUUUUGAUCGCUGGAGAGGCCCAAGCGGCCGCGGAUAUUGCCGCGAAGUCUAAGACCAAGCGUAUGAGCGAUGGCCAACUCUUCAAGGAGCUGAAGAAAGCUGGAGUGUUGGGCUGUGCCAACAACUGUGUUGACAUCUUGUUCCAGAUAUUGCGCCAGCUUUUGGGCCCCCAGGACUCGGAUCUCGUCGGUGUUUUCCACCAGAUUCUGGCGGGUGGACGUGUGAGCGGCGUGGUGAAUCUCACGCACAUUGGAUUGGUGCGCGAGAAUGUCGUUGACUUGCUUGCGAGUAUCUUGGAUCUACCGGAGCCAACUGUUGGCCCCUUAGGUGCCGCAAUGGGCUUCCCGCACGACCAGGUGCUCGUCGUCGUGCAGCGUGUGGAUGCUCUAUUGAAAAGUAUUGAACUGAUGUUGGAGGAAGAAUGGAUGGCGGAGAAGUUACGCAAGUCGACGUUCGCCAAGAUGACGCCGGACCUUGCUUACCAGAAGGAGCAGUUGCUGUCUAUCUUCGCUGACCGCAUUAGCCAGCGUGACUCCAACUCGCCGACGCGUACGACCUCGCCGAGCUCGAAUGAGAGCGUUGUCUCGCUUUCCACGCGACUUUUCUUCUUGCUGACACUGGAUGCUGCCGACGCAUUGCCUCGUUGCCAUGAAGCUCAGCGCCGCAUGAGUUUCUUCUUGAACUCGCUGCACAUGAAGAUCCCGAGCAUCCCCUCGAUUGCAGCGAUGCAGUCGUUCUCCGUUGUCACGCCGUACUACAAUGAAACCGUGCUGUUCUCGAUUGAUGAGCUGAACGGACGUGUGGACUCGAACCCGCUCUUCCGCAAGGUGGAGCAAAAGGGCCGCGAUCUCAGCAUUUUGAAGUACCUGGUUACUUUCCACGAUGACGAAUGGGGCAACUUCCUCGAGCGUGUGGGUGUGGCCUCUAUGGAUGAAGCGCUUGCGGAGACGCCGACCCAGGUUCGUUUGUGGGCAUCGAUGCGCGGACAAACGCUGGCACGUACUGUGCACGGCAUGAUGAUGUACGAAGAUGCGCUGAAAAUGUUGCGUUGGCUCGAAAUCGGUUCCGACGAAAACAUCUCGCACUUGGAAAAAAUUAAGCACAUGGACCGCAUUGCUGGUCUCAAGUUCUCGUACGUGACCAGUUGCCAGAUUUACGCCGAUCAACUCGCGGCUGGGGAUUCGCGUGCUUCGGAUAUUGACCUUCUGAUGCGCAAGUACCCGAACUGGCGUGUGAGCUAUGUGGAUACGAUUCGCCCACCCGCUGGCAGUGGCACCGAACCUCGUUUUGACUGUGUGCUGGUUAAGUCGGAUGGUGAUGAAAUCGUCGAAGUUUACCGCUACGAAUUGCCUGGAAACCCGAUGAUUGGUGAGGGUAAGCCUGAGAACCAGAACGUCGCGAUCCCGUUUACUCGUGGUGAGUACAUUCAGACAAUUGAUAUGAACCAAGAACACUACUUCGAAGAAGCCCUGAAGAUCCCCAACUUCCUGGCUACGGCUACGGCGAAUGGAAAGAAUGUCACCAUUAUUGGUAUGAAGGAGCACAUUUUCACGGGCCGAGCAUCAUCUUUGGCACACUUCAUGACGCUGCAAGAGCUGGUGUUCGUGAGUCUGACGCAGCGUGUGCUUGCGAACCCCCUCCAGAGUCGUAUGCACUACGGUCACCCUGAUGUGUUCGAGAAGUCAUUUAUUAUGUCCAAUGGUGGAGUGUCGAAGGCCAGCAAGGGAAUCAACUUGUCGGAAGAUGUGUUCGCUGGUUACAACGUCGCGCUUCGUGGCGAGAAGGUUACUCACGAAGAGUUCAUGCAGUGUGGCAAGGGUCGUGAUGUGACGCUGAGUCAGAUUAACGCUUUCGAGGCAAAACUGGCAAACGGUAGUGCUGAAAGCUCAUUGAGUCGCGAGUCGCACCGAAUGGGUGCCGGCAUGGACUUCUUCCGCCUGAACUCGAUGUUCUACGGCCACAUGGGUUUCUACAUCUGUAACGCGCUGGUGGUGUUGUGUGUGUUCGCGUACGCUUACGGCAAGGUUUACAUAGUGCUGCACGAACAGAUCGAAGAGUCUGCCAUUAUUACGACAAGCUACCUGGAUGAUCUCGCUGAAGUGAUGAACACCCAAUUCAUUUUCCAGUUCGGUAUGCUGAUGACCAUUCCGCUGAUUGCCACGCUGUUUGUGGAGUACGGCUGGCACCAGGCUGUGGUCAACUUUGUCGAGCUUAUCGUGACUCUGGGCCCGGUGUUCUACAUUUUCGAGACUGGUACAAAGUCGCACUUCUACGACAUUGCUCUCAUGCGCGGUGGUUCCAAGUACCGCGGUACCGGUCGUGGUUUCGCCAUCGUUCGUGAAACUCUCGUGAACUUCUACAAGGAGUAUGCAGCGUCCCAUUACCGCAAGGCUGUGGAGCUGAUGGGUUUGAUGAUCAUCUUCGGCACGUACGGCAACUUCAACAUCGGUACGAAUGUGCUGGCUGAGUUCUGUGCCACUGCGGACUUUGACUGUGACAAGGACCCCGAUCAGAUCCCGUCGAACAUCACGCUCCUCAACUCGUACAGCUCGAAGGGCCAAGAUUACGGCAUCGCUUCGUUCGCUGUGUGGUUGCUCGGCACGUGCUGGCUGCUCGCGCCGUUCCUGUUUAACACUGACGGCCUGGACUUUUCCAAGACUCGAGUGGAUAUCACGUAUUGGCUUUCGUGGCUCAUGUCUGUGCGGGAGGAGGAAAACGACGAGAGGCUGCUGCCGAGCAACAACCCUUCAGGACCGACAGACACGUGGAACGAUUUCUACAACUAUGAGGCCAGUCUGAUGUACCCUAUCGGCCCAAUGAGCCGCUUCGUCUACGCAGUGCGCGAGUUCCGUCACCCACUGGUCAUGUACUAUAUCUUUAUCUAUUCCUUCAAGUUGAGCGACAUCGGAAUGCUGUUGGGAUGUAUCGGCGGCAUUGCAGUUUUGCUGUGGAUCGGUGGCUUUGGCCUCGGAAUGUGCAUGCGCAACAAGGCCCGCGUUCCGCGUGGCAUGCUGUAUGUACUUAUGGUGUUGAUCAUUGGUGUAGCCCCUUUUGUCGUGGGUUCGAUGCAAGAUUGGGAUGGAAUCAAGUCGUUCUCGCUGACGAUCGCCAUUUUCACGGGACUGUUUGCGCUGCUGCACUACUUGCAACUGCUGCACGGAUUGUUCGGUCUGCCGAUUGCUAAGUGGGGCCUUGUGCGCGAGCUUGCCUUCUUCUUUGAUGUGAUUGUGGGUUUGUUCCUGGCCGUUCCCCUGCUGGUGCUGUCGGCAUUCCCGUUCAUGAAGACGAUUCAAACGCGCAUGAUGUACAACGGCGGUUUCUCGCGCGCGCUGAGCUCUGGAAGCGAGUUCGCGGCCUCUUUGAGUGUUGUCGUGGGCGGCCUUGGCGGCUUCACAUACGGCUGGUUGACCUGCCUCAUCUUCUCAUUGGGAUAUGUGAACUCGUCCGCAGACAACUUUGUGAACGAGUCGUUCAUUUACUACAACAACGAGACGCUGGACGGCGCCUUGAAUUUGACUAUGAUCAAGGUGUACGCGGCUGGUGCAGCUGCUGUAGGCGUUAUGAUGAGCGGCGGCUUGGCGCACGUUAUUGGUCGUCGCUGGACGAUCGAGAUUUCGUGCUUUGUGACGUUCGCUGGCUGUGCGCUCGUGUGGCUGGAGUCGAGCUCUAUGGCGCUGAUCGGAAUCUGCUUGGCAUCCGCGGGUAUCGCCAUGCUCUCGCUUGUGUGCCCCCUGUACAACUUCGAGAUCUGUAUGCAAGGCUGGAAGGGCAAAGGUGUGCUGCUGUUCCUCACCAGCGCUGCCCUGGGCUACAUGAUCGAGGCCGUGCUGAUCAACGACUUGAACGCCACGACCAUGUCCAAGGACUGGGGCAACUCGCCGUACCAUGACUGGCAGUGGCAGUUUAUCUUCGGUAUCAUCCCGAUCGUGCUGCUUGUGCCGGCCAUGUUCUUCCUCCCUGAGAGUCACUACUGGGAGUACCGCCGCAAGAACGACCCGAAGGCGGCCGAAGCCGCGUUGACGCGCCUGCGACAGCGUCACGACGUGAUUGAGGAAGUGAGUGAGCUCAAGGACUCGUUCGUGGUGAAGCAAGGUCGCGUCAACAUGCCGUUCCGUAUCGUGCUGGUGAUCGUGCUCCAGGCCACGUUCGCACUGUUCACGUCCGGCGCGUUGCUGCACCGCGUGCUCGUGCAGCCGUCCCCCAGCCAGUCUGGCGCGCAGACGUCCAAGUGGCAGAUCUACUACGGUGUCAUGACGUUCGUGGGCGCGGUGCUCAGCCUGCUCACGGUCGACAACCUGCGCCGUAAGACGAUCUUCAAGGACAUUCUCCCGUUCUCGGCCGCGCUGUCGCUCGCGUGCGGUGCCAUGGGCCUGGCCGACCAGGAGAGCAGCGUCAUCACGCAGAUCCUGGUCUUCCUCGUGUUCGUCAGCGGCUCGCUCAGUCUCACGUGCGGCACGUGGAUCACGGCGAUCGAGGUGUUCCCGCCCUACCAGAACGGCCGCUACAUCAUCAUGUCGUUCGUCGUGUACUACGCCGUGCAGGCCGGCAUCUACGUGGCGGAGCCGUCGUUCGCUAUCAGCCACCUGGCCUUCGCCGGCUUGUGCCUGCUGCUCACGGUCUUCAUGUUCGUCGUGUGCGCCAGCUCCAAGUACGGCGCCAUCGAGCUCAAGAGCGAGAAGAAGAUGCGCAAGGACGCCGAGGCCGCGCGCAACGCGCCGUCCUUCGUGGCGCGCGUGUCUCGCUCGCAGAGCUUCCUGCGCUCGCAGGUGCGGCGCUCGUCGUCGCACUACUCGGCGGCGGCGCUGACCCCGCAGGAGGCCAGCUACUCGAACUUCGAGUCCCCUGCCGGCCUCAACGUCAACGGCGGCACCCGCCGGACACUCAACGGCUCGCAGGCAUUGUAA